GGAACACGACGUCUAUGGAACAUAAGAAUAAAGAUGACACUUACGACGCGUGGAACAGGAUCAAACAGCAAUUAGGAGAUAGGAAUAUACCUAUUAAAGAAAUUAAGAGGAAGAGAGACAAUCUAAUGUCUACGUACAGGAGAUUGAGAGGUAAAGUCGAAAAGUCUAGAUUGACGGCCGGAGAAGAGGAAAUAUACAAACCAGACUGGCCCUUCUAUAACUUUAUGGCGACGUUUCUUGACGAUAUGUAUAAUCCGAGAAAAUUGCCAUGUCCCGACGUAAGUAUUUCUUCUAUUACAACAUUUAUUAAAGAAGAUUCUCACCAACAGUCCGAGGAACAGUCCAACGAAUCGCAACCAACGUCAGGCUCAGAAAAUUCUCAUUUACCAUCGUGA